AUGGGAUCUUCGUAUUCGUCGACAUCAGACGAUACAACAAAGAAUCAACCAGGUGAUGAUCGUGUGGUACAUCGUCAACAUAGUAGAGGUACACUAUACGGUUCACAAGGCGAUGUCGAAUCAGGCCUGUCGCCCGAGUCCGAGGCCGAGACUCGUCGCAUAAUAUACACACCGCGCAUUGUCGAUGAGCUCGAAGAUAAGAAGCGUGCCAAGUCUGCCAUCAUGAUUCAGAAGCAUUGGAAGGGCUUCUCACAAAGGAGGAAGUGGGGACUAUUCCUAUGCAAGUCCAAGGUUAUGAAGGAACUGUUGGUGUCAGAGCAGGAUUAUACACAUUUCAUUCACAUCAUUAUCAAUAUCUACUUCUUGCCGUUGAAGACGCUGGCGCUGCAGGCACAGGGCGAUGAUUCGGCAGCUGAUACUUUGUCAUCGAUGCCAUCGUUCAUACUACCAAUACGCGACAGGAGUAAUAGUGCUGCGGUCGAGGGCUCUGUUACAGGUGACCGCGAUCACCAUCUGCCAUCAAUGUCAUCAAUGUCGGCCUCAACCACCGCUCUGCCAUCGUACUCAUCGCUGAAUGCAUCAACAAACACCACGACGGUCGUUGUCCCACCUCCACUGCUGGUGCUCGAGCAGCUGGCCGCGAUGGACCAGCCGCCUCUCACACUGGACGAGGUCAAGAUCGUCUUCUCACAGAUCGAGGUGAUCAUGCUCUACAACACACAGCUGCUGGAGAAGAUCCAGGAGCGUGUGCACGACCAAUGGGACGAGUCCAUCAAGAUUGGCGACGUCUUUCUCGACAUGAUCCACUUCCUCAAAGUGCCCUACAGUCACUACAUCACCAACUUUCCUCGAUGUCUCAAAGUCCUUGAGAAUGCAUCCAAACGACCAUCCUUUAUCGAGUUCAUCAAGCAAUGCAAGGCAAUAGAUAGAGUUGGAAAGAGGGACUUACAAUCAUUUGUUAGCAUGCCAAUACAAAGGAUACCCAGAUACGCGUUGCUGCUGCGAGAAUUACUGAAAUAUACAUUGGAGACUGAUGCAGAUUACAACAAUAUACGCAAGGCAUACGAGAUGAUGGACGAGAUUGCCAAGUUGAUCAAUCGUCAGAUGAAGGAGGACGACAGCUCAAAAGCGAUGUUUGAGAUAUGCCAGAAACUGCGACCGCCCGUGCCCGACCUGUUCCAGCCACAUCGACGACUGGUGCGCGAGGGCGAGGGCAAGAUCAUCAGGACGGACGGCGGCAAUCACGAGGCCCAGUACGGCACGAUCAGGCCGGGCUCGGUGGCAGGCGAGGGCGGUACGACCAGAGUCAGUCUGCGCUACUUUUACCUCUUCAACGACAUGUUCAUCAUCACCAAGAAGAUGAAGGCAUAUUAUGAGGUGGAGAAGGUGGUCAGCCUAGAGUACAGUACAAUAGUUGAUCAUUAUAAGAAGAAAACAGAGCGUAGACAACAACAGCAACAACAACAGCAACAGCAACAACAACAUGAUCAGUCAAACACAAGCGAGUCGGCGACGACAAGUGUAAAUAAUAAUAAUAAUAGUAGGAAUAGAUCAGAGAGUGUGGAAGACAGUGGACACGAGGAGGAUGGAGUCAGCAACAACAACAAGAGCACUCCUGGCAAUGUAAAUAACUUGAACUUUAGCAAUAUAUCCAUGGCUUUCCAGAGGAGUAGGACCACCCCAGUUGAGGAAAGACAUUUCUUUAAACUACAUACACUGGAGUGCGCUGUAGUCAUUUGCUUGAACACGGAGGAGGAUAAGAUCACUUGGAAGGAGGACUUUGUAAAGGUCAUCAAUCAGGUGACGGAGAAAUCAUUGACGUUCAGUCCAAUGUGGUCAAAGAACAACAUGGACAAGCAACCAACGCCAUCGCGAAAGCCACAUACCAGACAACCGCGCAUGACCAUGAUCUCUCCCCAGAACUUCCAACUCAAACAGACAAUAUCAGAGUUGCUGGCGGUGGAGGGCGCGACAACCUCCUCGUCAGCAGUCACUCCAUCUCAAUCUCCACUGUCAAUGACGCCAUCCUCAUCAUACACCACGCCAGUCUCAUCGACCCGAACCUCUGUCAACGAGGUCGACACACCUUACAAGUCGCCAGACACAUCAGCGUGCAGCUCCGACAAUGAGGACGAUCACAAACAAACGUCGACGUCGACAGCCAAGCCAUCAACAUCCACCGCCAGUCCAUCAACAAGUCCAUCCACAAACUCAUCGUCCACUAGCAGUAGCCCGGGCGUGAGGACAUCAAUCACACCAUCAACCAGCACAUCUAUCCUGGAUAGACUUUUCAAUAGUCUAAAGUAA